UACCUCUGCUAGUGCUUUCGUAGAAGCUGUGAUGUCACAACCGUGUUCGGCCGUGUUAAUCCCAAAGUGACGAAGAAGCCAGAAGUAUCCUCCGGGCUUUUGUGAACCGCGGACUCGACUCGUUCUUCGCGUUCUCCCUUCGGGUGCGACUGUCGCAGUGUCGAAAAAUAUACGUACCCGCGUCUUGUGCGUCCACUCGACUCGCACUUCGCAGCUCCGCCGGCAAGACACGUUUGUUCCGUUUUGUUCGGAAAUCGACGGCAGCACUCGAAGAACACGCGCUUCGCCGGUCGCCCACAGAGCGAACGAUUCCUCGACGGACGGCAAUGACGCACAAAAAGAUGACGGGAUCCUUCUGCGUCGAGUCAUGAGACAUGGAAGACGUCCUUCGAGUUUCGUGCCGCGGAUGUUUGCGCUGCCGUAGAGGACUCCGUCGCCAUGGAAACGUGCGUGCUCAUACCGCCGGAGUUCAGCCUGGUGCUGAGCACCGCGGAGGACUCUUCGAAGCGCGACAGCGACUUGGACGAGGACGACGCCGCGUCCAAGACCCAUCCGUACGACAUGAAAGUGCGACUGUGGGCCAACCAGGCCAUUCCCGCCGGCAAGGUCUUCUCUCCUGCCGAGGGCUCGGUUCGGCUCGAUCGACUGGAAGUGUACGGUCUUCUGGAUGACAAUGACGUACGUGAGCGCAGCUCCAUUUCUUUUGGCAUAUGCACAGUCGAGCGCAAAAGUUUAAGGACAAGAGUUGCCGCUAAAUUUAUUUUUCUUUUUGUCUUCUAAGCCUAGCAAUAAAUGCUGAAAUCGAG